AUGCGGGAGGCCAGUGGCCCCACCACGCAGUGGAUUUCAGAGAAAUGGGAGCAGCUUUGUCUGACAUGUGUACCCGCCUCGCCACCCCCCACCUCCCGCACAGCCCUCCGCCCGUCCCUUAGCUGCCCGGCGGCCUACACGCAGCCCCGGGGUUGGAAUCUGCCGGCCCUCGGCUCUCCGCCCCGACGGAACCGUGGCGCGGAGCCGACCCCGCCCAUUCACGACCUCCAGUCGGAGUCAGACACUCGCGCCUCGGUGGUCCCGCUGUGCACGGGGCCACGCAGGGAGCGAGGUCCGGGCUGGGAGCGAGACAGGCGCCUAGUCCCGGGGGCCUGGUCAGAGCGGAGGCGGGAAGCGCAGCCAGACGGGGCUGCCAGCUCUCGCCCCACCCCAACCCGCGAGGGGGCGCCGCGUCCCCAUGACAACGCAACACCCCACCCCCCAGCCUCCCUGAGGUCCGAGCCCCCAGCUAAGCGGCUCUUUCGGCCGUGGGUGGUGCCCCCACAGUGCCCGAGCGGGGAGCUGCUGGCCGGCUCCAGUGAGGGGCGCGCGAAGCUGGGGUCCCCGACGCCCCGGUGGUGCCCCCCGCGCGUCCUCGUUGGGUGGCCGGCCCCGGGCGGGCGGCGCGGCCCCACCAGGAUUGGCUGCUACCCCGUGACAUCACGCGGCUCGGGGAAAAGUGCGAGCGUGAGCGCGAGUCGGAGCCACAGCGCCGGGAGCUGCGGGCGGAGCAGGGGCCGCCCCUCGGCACCCGGUCCCCGCCCCCGGCCCGCGGCCCGGCCGCCCGCCCCGCCCGCUGGCCCGCGGGGCCGCCCUCCCAUCCCGCCGUCUGUCAGGUGCGAGUGGAGCGGGGCGGAGGUGUCUGAUUCAAGGGCCACAGCGUUCCCGGAGCCCCAGAGUAAAAGCCUGAGAACCCACCCUACCCCUCACGGGGUCCGGAGCACGCGCUCCCGUUUGGUCUUGGAAAGGGGGAUGGGGGAGCUCGAGGACCCGGCAAAAAACGGUGUCCACGCCCAGAGGCGGCCGGAACUGCAAGCUAAGGGGUUGGGGGAGGGCGGGGCCUUGGAGAGACAGGGCCCCAUCGACCACCGGGGCGACGUGGAGGAGCCUCCUGAUGGGCCCCGUAAUAAGUCUCAGCAAGGCCCUGCAUGCCCGCCCAAACCCCAGGCUCGAAAAAACAGGUGCCCCGUCUAG